AUGUCAUGCAGUGUGAUCUGCGAGGUUAGCGGGCUGUCAUCAGGCUACGGUUUCCCGUGUGUUGCUGGCAGUUGUUCAAGCUCUCAACCGAAAAGCAAGCCAGACAUAUAUUGGCCGGAUGAGCAGGAAGCGCGAGGAUCAGCCUCUGCCCACGAUUCGCGUGCCUUCAAAACGUCGGAGCUUUACGAACAGCUGAAAAAUAAGGACCUCAGUGGUGUUCUCAUAGGGGACUCAGCCUAUGGAGCUGAGGUAUUCUUGCUGAAGCCCUUGAACACCACAAAAAAUGUGAAAGAAGAGCGUUACAACAGAGCUGUAUGCUCCGCUCGCGCGCGUGUCGAGCGGGCCUUUGCAGUUCUGAAGCGGCAAUUCCACAUCUUACAUGGAGAGUGCAGGUACUCUCCAGAUAGAGCCGCUCAAAUAGUAGUAGCAUGCUGCGUGUUACGAAACAUAGCGAUAGGACAGAACGAAUCCAGCGAUUAUGAUGGGGCGGUCCGCCAGGACGGCGAGGUUCCGUCAGAUUCUUUAGUUGAAACUCCUAGCCGAGUGCAGUUUCCUUUAGAACAGUAUCAUAGAACGCUACUUUAA